AUGCUACACAAUCACUAUGGACUUGAAUUUCCACAUCUGCAUAUAAUAGGCCACGGAGUUGGUGCUCAUAUAGCUGGUUAUGUUGGCGAAGCUAUUAAGGAAAAUGGAUAUAAAACUAUAGGAAAAAUCACUGGUCUUGAUCCCAGCGGACCUUAUUUCGAAAGAAUGCCCAAAAAAGUAAGAUUAGAUAUAGGAGACGCUACUUAUGUAGAAGUUAUUCAUACAGAUGCGGAACCCAAUGGCCAAGGUAUUAUGGAAGCCAUCGGCCAUGUCGAUUUUUACCCAAACAACGGUUAUUCCCAACCUGGAUGCAACGUGUCUAAAAAAUAUCCACAUAUCUUGAAACUGACGAGGGAUUCUCUAAAAGAAGGACAGAUAUAUCCGGGAUGUUCUCACAAACGAUUAUUUAAAUAUUAUAUUGAAUCUAUAGCAAAUUCAAAUUGUAAUCAUAUAGGAUUUCACUGUAAUAAACUACACCAUGUUUUUAAGAGGACGGGCUCAUCGGGAACAUAUUGUUUGGAUUUGUAUAAAUUUAAAAUUAGUUUUGUUUCUGAAGCCAGAAACCCUACUCAAAUUAUGGGAUAUUUUGAUGUUAAUUUGAUGACUGGUGACCUUGUAACCAAUAUGAUUCUAAAUGAAUUCAGAUUUUAUACAAAGAUUGAUUCAUGCCUAGAGAAUUACACAUACGUUGGAUGGUCUCAACCACCUUCGUCUAUAGAUUACAUAAAUUCUGCUAGAUUUAAAUGGAACUAUGAAGGAAACUCAUUAAGUAUUACCAAAAAUAGCCAAGUUCAUAUUAAAAGAGUAACUAUUUCACGCAUUACAACUGAUAAAUCAACACUAAAUAGAUUAUGUCCGGAGGAAAUAGAUGCCUAUCAACUGAGACCGGGACAAAUAGAGCUAUUUCAUUUGUGCGAUGGCGAAAGGAAUCAAACUAUUCCAACAACCACUUAUGUUAUUGACACUUAA